UGUGUGUUUUUUCAUCUUGCAAUUUAGUCGGAAAGAAUCAAACUAUCUCCAACCAGCAAGAGAGAUGUCCUAGGUUGGGUUUGGAUUUCAAUUCUUCAAUAGGUUCUAACUGUGAGGUUGUUUAAUUUGGUUUCUUUGAUAGUUUUAAUCACUUCUGUAUCAUUCAGUUUUGUGUUUUUUGUUUUUCUGCUACAUAAGUUUAAUUAACAGGAAUCUUUUUGUUGGCUACCCAGUAGCCAUGAAGAAAAAAAAGAAAAAAAUUAACAGUGUUCGAUCUAUGGGGGCAGCAUCAACUCUAACAAAUUUCAGGAAUCGGGUCAAGAUUUAAACUUUUACAUGAAGAAAUUAGUGAUUCAAUUUGAUGGAAUUUGUACUCACAGUACCGUCCUCAGAUUUACUCAUGGGUACCAGCACAGAAGUCGUGAACUACCGCUGAUUUACUCAGGCAUGAUCCAGAACCUUCAUACUGGAAUAACAAAUAUCUAUAGUUUCCCUGCUGCUGCUGCUGCUGCAGAUGGAGAGAAAACAACCAGAAUAUUGAAUGGUUCCGAGUCAUGUCGAAAAGGUUCGCCACCGAGUCGACCAGAAGAAGACGAUGGUCCACAAGAGCUGAAGUGGACCCCAUCAUCCAAUAAUUCACCUGCAAACUCAACUGUGGAGCGAAACCAAAAACAAACAAUGUCACGCGCAAAAACAGAUAAACAUGAGCUGUCAAGCAUGUCCCGCGUGAUAAGAAGAACUCUGACACAUCACAAAUAACUAGGGCGCGAUUAUUUACCAGUGAUACCCCAAUUUCAAGCCACGCCUUACCGAAAGUCUCUGAGUCACACCGAGUUGCAAACAAAUUCGGUCAAGUCAAGUCAGCGGUCAACCACGUAACAAGCACUACAUGCAAUCAAUGCCCGGCUACAAACCCGAUCAAACCAAUCCAAAAGCAAACACAGCCGGGAAGGAACUUUUCAGCUGCAGAACCCAACUCUCGCAUGAAAAAUGAGUAAUGUCUUGGGGGACUGUCAAACGAAAGACCAAUUUUUGACAGUCCAAGUAUGGCGCGAACUCGCGCACAAUGUUAGGUUAACUUCCCAUAUUCUGUAUAUAAAUAAGUGUGCUAUGGCACCAUGUUCCAGUAGUAUUUUAGGUCUAGUUUCAGGUUAUGGUCUAUAUCAUGCUCUUUCUUUGGAUCAUUCUGCAGGCUUUGGUUACUUUCGACAAAUGCAAUGCAACACCAACAAUUUGAAUAGUCGAUGCAACCUUGCCAACCACUGUGAGAAAGACCGUAAUCAUCAACUAGUAUUUGAUUUUAUGUUUUUUCCUUCCAUGUUUUUAGACUAGCUUAUUAGUAGUACUAAAGAUAAUUUAGAGUCCGCGGAACAUCAACAACCGGAUUCCUCUAUGCAAGUUUCACAUCAACAACAACAACAACAAGAGGUGCUCACAAGAGGUGGGGACAAGAUCCAUACACCACAACACAGCAGCAGCUACCAAUCCACCAACCGAUCGGCUACACAACCAUCGUCAACACCCUAUGAUCACUUCAAGGCUCAAACUCUGAAGUAUCCGUCAAAUCUUAGGCUAUUCUUAUGGAUAGUCAAUGAAGAAGGUUUCAUAACCUUCACACUACGGAUCUACCACCACCACACCAUCAACAUCUACUGGGCUAGCUAUAACUGUUGUGUUCUACACAAAUUGUGAGUUCAAACACCAGGACCAAGACAUAACCAAGAUUGUGACGAAACUAUGCAUGUAACAAGAGUCAAAACAAGAAUCAAAAAUGGCAGGAAUAUCCACGAUAUCAAGGAGAUGAGGUCUAAUCGAACAAGACGUUCAAAAAUUAAUGCUUAUAAUUGGAAAUUAGUUAUGCUAAUGGUGAGUUACCCGAUUGUAAAGACUGGGAAUGCUAUAUUCCCAGACUAAGUAACCCUCGACAAUUCGAGCCUUUAAAUAAAAUUUCUCCUUAUCAAUUUUUUUUUUUGAAUUAUACAGACAUGAUGUUAUGGUCGAAUUUAAAUCUGCUGGAUGAUAACUGUUCACAGUCCAAAGGUCACGAUUGAAUCAUCCAACCGUUGUGCUGUUUCAAUCAACACAAACAAAAACCCAUCAUCUUCAUAUUCCGGCACAGAAAAAGCAUUCCAAAACUGAGAGUUCUUUAGCAUUUUGAAAACAAAUUAGACUAGUGAAUUUAUUCGAGGGUUUCUUGCUGCGUGAUUGCAUUCAUUCGAUUGAAGACAUUCAAGUGCUGGGUUAUCUUCUAUCUCUUGGUAUCAGCACCAAGGUGGACAGUUCUUUAACUUGCAUUAGCUUUAUAGUCUCGUUGCUUACAUCAGACUUAGAGAUUUUUCUUUGCAUAAUACGUUCCGGUGUAGAACUUCUUUUAUAGGGCUUGCAGAUGGCUUCAUCUGAUAAUAAGACACAGAAACGAUGGAAGGGUUUAAUCAGGAAAGAAGAUAUUGCUUCGGAUUUAACAAGAUACAGUGCACCAACAAAACUAGCUCUACUUAAGGAAGUUUCUCAGUUUCCUGAUGUGAUAAUAGAUAGGAAUGUGUUGGUCAAGAAGACGACAACAGGUAUUAUUAGUUCCCGGGAAUAUCCGAUGUUAUGGAGACAUUUGGCCUAUUGCGAUAAACUGCCAGAAGCAGUAGAUGAAAAACUUGAGGAACAGCGAUUGGAUGAUGAAGAUAGUGACUUGGAGUAUGAGUUAUUGGAAGCUUUUCCUCCUGCUACUGAUGAAGCAUCAUCAGAGGUUGCUGCUUGUGUGAAGGUGCUGCUUGCUUCUGGUUUGUCAGAUGACGCGGAAGGAAGUCCUAUAACUGUAGAAGCUCCAUUCACUAUAAAUAUGCCUACUUGGCAGGAUUCUAAAAGUCCAUUGGAUAAUCCUCAGCCGUGCAGCUUGAAAGGAAUAAAUAUUACUGUUCCAGUUUCUGUACAAAAACAAUCAUCGGCUGCAGUGACAACAGCUAAAGGAUUGGAUGGAACUGUGGCGACAACAGCUAAAGGAUUGGAUGGAACCAUGGUAAAUGCUGGCGGCGUUCAGCCUGCAAAAAUAAGAAAAUGGAAAACCUGGACGCUAGAGGAGGAUAAUGAACUCAUUGCUGCUGUGAAGAAAUUAGGUGAAAGGAAUUGGGCUAACAUUCUUAAGGCAGAUUUUUUCAAGGGUGAUAGGACUGCUUCACAAUUAUCUCAGAGAUGGGGCAUCAUAAGGAAGAGACUUAAGGAACAGACAAAACGAACUCACAGAGCAAUGGGUUGCAACCAACCGAGCAGUUACACAAGCUCUGAGUAUGCCCAUGAAUAAUAACUUAUCCGCAACAUGUACAAUCGGCCCAGCAAAUUUGGUGGCUUCUGCUGCUACAGUUAGCAGUCAGCAAAUCCCUCUCCAUACACCGAAAGGAGCAUCUGGUGUCAUUGCAAAACCUCGAUCAAUUACUAAAAGAACAGCUCCUGUGGUCCCAAAUCCACUGAUACAAGCAGCUGCUAUUGCUACUGGAACCUGUACCGCCACUCCUUCGACUGCCAUAUCGGUGCUUAAAAGUUGCAGAAUCCAAGGUGUGACACCACCGUUGACCCCUAACCACUCAGGUGCUCUGUGUAAUGUGCAUUACAUUUGCACAGGCUUGUCAUCAGCAUCCCCAACCACAUUCUCUACUGCGGUACCAACUGUCUCUCUGCCACCACCAACACCUGCAGUGAAAUGUAAGGUUCCCUCUGUUAGUGUUCUCGCCUCUGCAUCUACUUCAUAUGGGGCCGUUGCUGCAGACAAGUAGAGUUACAAGUGCGGGAGUUGGGAACACGUUGGAGGAAGAAAAGGCUCAGAACUCACGUAAGGAAGUAGUUAAGAACUCAUCCAAUGAAGAAGAGGUUAAGAACUCGUCUAAGAAUGAACAGGUCAAGCCUGUAGAGAUGAUGAUUUAUUGUUCAGCAGAUAUAGCCAAGGAUGGCAAACAAGAUGAUCAAGCAGCUUAGAUUCUGAUAUGGUUAUUGGAGAUCAAAUGUCGCAGAAUCUUAGUAAGUUGCCAACUGUGAAAGCUGCCGCUAGUGACUAUCAAAAUUCCAUAAUCUUAGUAAAUUAA